CUGUCGCGCUUCUUUUGCCUUUGAAGGGCCGAGAGUCGAACCGGGAAGCAAAGGGCUGAGACGUUGAGAGGUUUUAGUGCUUUCUAGUUUGGAGAGCAACCCCACAAUGGGGCGAUCAAAGAAAACUCCCAAAUUUGCUGUAAGGAAGAACAUCAUCAGUUCAAAGACAAUUAAAAAGUAUAAAGAAGAAGUUCUUAACCCUAACAAGAAGGAUCUCACGAAGGAAAAGCUCCCACCAAACGUACCAUAUGUAUCAUCAGCCCUUUUCUUCAAGUACAACACUGCACUUGGGCCACCAUACAGGGUCUUGGUUGAUACUAACUUCAUCAAUUUCUCAAUUCAAAACAAGCUGGAUCUGGAGAAAGGAAUGAUGGAUUGCUUGUAUGCAAAAUGCACCCCUUGUAUCACAGAUUGUGUCAUGGCUGAGCUUGAGAAGUUAGGGCAGAAGUACCGUGUAGCUCUGAGGAUUGCAAAAGAUCCACGGUUCGAAAGACUGCCUUGCACCCAUAAAGGAACCUAUGCUGAUGACUGUAUUGUUGAACGAGUAACUUGGCACAAGUGUUACAUUGUGGCUACCUGUGAUCGAGAUUUGAAACGUAGAAUUCGCAAGAUUCCUGGUGUGCCCAUCAUGUAUAUCACCCAACAUAAAUAUUCAAUCGAGCGUCUUCCAGAAGCAACCAUAGGUGGAGCACCAAGAAUAUGAAGUUUGGUAACCCAUUAGUGGCUUGAGUUCUUCGUCCGCUCUGUCACAAAGCAAUAGGUUCUGAAAAUCAAAAGUCUUUAUCAUUUUUAUGGCUUGCGAUGAUUUUGACUUCUUCAGAACAAGAAGUUUGAAUUAGUAGAUAUGGACAGUAUUUUUUGAAGGCUUUGCUGUGAAUUCCCACAUUGUUUCUUGCACCCCAUGCAUGCCGUCAUUUUUCACUACUCUGAAUGUAAAGAUUUCAAGUUGAGUUUUAUUCAUCACUAUAAGAUAAAUUUUUCUUACUU